CUCAGCCUCCAGCUGGACUCUCCCCUCCCCGAGCUGAGGAUCCCCUCCUCAGCUCCCCAUCUCUGCCCAGAAUGCUCACCAUGGGGACACCCACCAGGAGGAAGUCACACCUGCUGCUGCUGCUGCUAGUCACUGUGGCCCUUGUCUCCUCUCCAGCUUGGAGUUCAGCCCGGGGAUCCCCGGCCACUUUCGGGCCAGUCUUUGAAGAUCAGCCCCUCGGUCUGCUGUUCCCGGAGGAAUCCACUGAGGAGAAGGUGACGCUGGCGUGCCGUGCCCGGGCCAGCCCUCCAGCCACCUAUAGGUGGAAGAUGAAUGGUACCGAGAUGAAGUUGGUGCCAGGUUCCCGCCACCAGCUGGUAGGGGGCAACCUGGUCAUCAUGAACCCCACCAAGGCACAGGACGCCGGCGUCUACCAGUGCCUGGCCUCCAACCCAGUGGGCACCAUCGUCAGCAGGGAGGCUGUGCUCCGCUUCGGCUUUCUGCAGGAGUUCUCCAAGGAGGAGAGAGACCCAGUGAAAACCCACGAAGGCUGGGGGGUGAUGUUGCCCUGUAACCCACCUGCCCACUACCCAGGCCUGUCCUACCGCUGGCUCCUCAACGAGUUCCCCAACUUCAUCCCGACGGACGGGCGUCACUUCGUGUCCCAGACCACGGGGAACCUGUACAUUGCCCGGACCAACGCCUCAGACCUGGGCAACUACUCCUGCCUGGCCACCAGCCACAUGGACUUCUCCACCAAGAGCGUCUUCAGCAAGUUUGCUCAACUCAACCUGGCUGCUGAAGACACCAGGCUCUUUGCACCCAGCAUCAAGGCCCGGUUCCCGGCAGAGACCUACGCGCUGGUAGGACAGCAGGUCACCCUGGAGUGCUUCGCCUUUGGGAACCCUGUCCCUCAGAUCAAGUGGCGUAAAGUGGACGGCUCCUUGUCCCCCCAGUGGGCCACAGCCGAGCCCACCCUGCAGAUACCGAGCGUCGCCUUCGAGGAUGAGGGCACCUAUGAGUGUGAGGCGGAGAACUCCAAGGGCCGCGACACCGUCCAGGGCCGCAUCAUCGUGCAGGCUCAGCCCGAGUGGCUCAAGGUGAUCUCAGACAUGGAGGCUGACAUCGGUUCCAACCUCCGUUGGGGCUGUGCGGCGGCCGGCAAGCCCCGGCCCACGGUGCGCUGGCUGCGGAAUGGGGAGCCUCUGACCUCCCAGAACCGUGUAGAGGUGCUGGCUGGGGACCUGCGCUUCUCCAAGCUGAGUCUGGAAGACUCGGGCAUGUACCAGUGUGUGGCAGAGAACAAGCACGGCACCAUCUACGCCAGCGCGGAGCUGGCCGUGCAAGCACUGGCCCCCGACUUCAGGCUGAACCCCGUAAAGCGUCUGAUCCCCGCGGCCCGCGGGGGAGAGAUCGUUAUCCCCUGCCAGCCCCGGGCGGCCCCGAAGGCUGUGGUGCUCUGGAGCAAAGGCACCGAGAUUCUGGUCAACAGCAGCAGAGUGACCGUAACUCCGGAUGGCACCUUGAUCAUAAGAAACAUCAGUCGGUCAGAUGAAGGCAAAUACACCUGCUUUGCUGAGAAUUUCAUGGGCAAAGCCAACAGCACGGGCAUUCUGUCUGUGCGAGAUGCAACCAAGAUCACUUUGGCCCCCUCGAGUGCUGAUGUCAACUUGGGGGACAGCCUGACCCUGCAGUGCCACGCCUCCCACGACCCCACCAUGGACCUCACCUUCAUCUGGACCCUGGAUGACUUCCCCAUCGACGUGGAUAAGCCUGGGGGUCACUACCGGAGGGCCAGUGUGAAGGAGACGGUUGGGGAUCUGACCAUCCUGAAUGCCCAGCUGCGCCACGGCGGGAAGUACACGUGCAUGGCCCAGACGGUGGUGGACAGUGCGUCCAAGGAGGCCACGGUCCUGGUCCGAGGUCCACCGGGUCCCCCAGGAGGUGUGGUGGUGAGGAACAUUGGCGACACCACCGUCCAGCUCAGCUGGAGCCGAGGCUUUGACAACCACAGCCCCAUUGCCAAGUACACCCUGCAAGCUCGCACUCCACCUGCAGGGAAGUGGAAGCAGGUUCGGACCAAUCCCGCCAACAUCGAGGGCAAUGCCGAGACCGCCCAGGUGCUGGGCCUCACACCCUGGAUGGACUACGAGUUCCGGGUCUUAGCCAGCAACAUCCUGGGCACUGGGGAACCCAGUGGGCCCUCCAGCAAAAUCCGGACCAAGGAAGCAGCCCCCUCAGUGGCACCCUCAGGACUCAGCGGAGGGGGUGGAGCCCCCGGAGAGCUCAUCGUCAACUGGACGCCCAUGUCGCGGGAGUACCAGAACGGAGACGGCUUCGGCUACCUGCUGUCCUUCCGCAGGCAGGGCAGCACCACCUGGCAGACCGCCCGGGUGCCUGGCGCCGACGCCCGGCACUUCGUCUACAGCAAUGACAGCGUCCAGCCCUACACGCCCUUCGAGGUCAAGAUCCGCAGCUACAACCGCCGCGGGGAUGGGCCCGAGAGCCUCACCACGCUGGUGCACUCCGCUGAGGAAGAGCCCAGGGUGGCCCCUACCAAGGUCUGGGCCAAGGGGGUCUCAUCCUCAGAGAUGAACGUGACCUGGGAACCCGUGCAGCAAGACAUGAAUGGCAUCCUCCUGGGGUACGAGAUCCGCUACUGGAAAGCCGGGGACAAGGAAGCAGCCGCUGACCGAGUGAGGACAGCAGGGCUGGACACCAGUGCCCGAGUCACCGGCCUGCACCCCAACACCAAGUACCAUGUGACCGUGCGGGCCUACAACAGGGCAGGCACCGGGCCCGCCAGCCCUUCUGCCAAUGCCACCACCAUGAAGCCCCCUCCACAGCGGCCUCCUGGCAACAUCUCUUGGACUUUCUCAAGCUCGAGUCUUAGUAUCAAGUGGGACCCUGUGGUUCCUCUCCGAAAUGAGUCUGCGGUCACUGGCUAUAAGAUGCUCUACCAGAAUGACUUACACCCAACUCCCACGCUUCACCUCACCAGCAAGAACUGGAUAGAAAUCGCCGUUCCUGAAGACAUCGGCCACGCCCUAGUACAGAUUCGGACCACGGGACCUGGAGGGGACGGGAUCCCGGCCGAAGUCCACAUCGUGAGGAAUGGAGGCACAAGCAUGAUGGUGGAGAACUCCGCAAUCCGCCCGGCCCCACGUCCCGGUGCCAUCCUCUCCCCGUCCGUGGCAAUGCUGGUCCUCAUAGGCUACCUGGAGCUCUGAUCGUGGCGCCCCUCCCUCUCUGCCACAGCCGGACACCCACCUCUGAUGGACGCAGCCAGCUGGCCCUGGUCCCUUCCUGAUGCCAAGGUGGCUCAACACUGUGCCUGAGAAUGGCUGGUUUUCAAUACCUAUUUUAAACAGUGCCCUUUUCAUAGGAGGUAGGAUAUUUCAUAUUCUGCCACAGGAUAGAACCCGCGCAAGGAUUUUUUUUUUUUUUCUUUAAGUCAAAAGACACCAGGCAGCAACUUUCAUGAUGAUACCGAACGCUAUGCCUGGUCCUCUGGGGCACCUGGAUGGAAGCAACAGGCCCAGGGGAAGAAGGGGGUUUGAAAUGUGUGUCUGCACGUCGGGGGAGAGGGCGCUCUGGUACCACAGACGGACUCUGUCCCCUGACAGCGGGGUGUGGGGCCCGGUGGGAACACUGGACGCAAAUGCCCUGCAGUAGGACGAAACAC